AAUGGUGAUAUUUUAAUAGGAGGUAUUUUUUCAAUACAUAACACUGUGAGUGACAUAAAAGCAACCUUUUCUAACAAUCCACAAGCGUGUAAAAGUUUAGAUUUCAGAGAACUUCGUUUUGCUCAAACAAUGAUUUUCGCAAUUGAAGAAAUAAACAACAGUACUGAAAUACUUCCGGAUGUUGUACUGGGUUACAAAAUUUAUGAUUCAUGUGCUUCUUCCUCAUUGGCUCAAAAAGCUGCCCUUGAUUUGGUGAAUGGACCAGAUACUGCUUUUUCCAACAAUAGCACUUGUGCUAAACCAUCAUUUGUUACUGCUAUAAUAGCAGAGUCUGGAUCGUCACCCACCAUUGCCAUUGCCAGAGUCAUUGGACCACUUGGAAUUCCACUGGUGAGUCACUAUGCAACCUGUGCUUGUCUCAGCAAUAGAAAGGAAUUCCCUACAUUUUUUAGAACCAUACCUAGCGACUACUUUCAAGCAACUGCUUUAGUUAACCUUGUAAAGCACUUUGGUUGGUCUUGGAUUGGAGCCCUUAGAAGUGACAAUGAUUAUGGAAAUUUUGGAAUGGCCACAUUUAUCAAAAUGGCAGAAGAAGAAAAUAUUUGUAUUGAAUUUUCUGAGGCAUUUUACAGAACAAAUUCAAGGGAGAAACUUUUGAAAGUUGUGGACACAAUAAAAAAAUCCACUGUAAAGGUUAUUGUAACAUUCAUGGCAACAGGUGAUAUAGCAAUAAUACUGGAGGAAUUAUCUAAGCAGAAUGUUUCUGGCUUUCAAUGGCUUGGCAGUGAGGCUUGGGUAACUGAUGCUGAGUUGCUUUCAAAGGAGGGCUAUAGGCUCCUAAGGGGAACUUUAGGCUUUGCAAUCAAGAAGUCAGUUAUUUUUGGAUUAAGGAAUUUUUUGGUAAACAUACCCCCUCUUGAAAUAUCUGGCAAUUCACUUAUAAAGGAAUUUUGGGAGACUGCUUUCAGCUGUACCUUUAUGAACAAUACAACAGUUUCAACUCAGAGAUUGUGCACAGGACUAGAGAAUUUAAAUAAUUUGCAAAACCCAUACACUGAUGUGUCUCAGUUAAGGAUAUCAAAUAAUGUAUAUAAAGCUGUGUAUGCAGUAGCCAUGUCAUUGCAUAAUAUGUUAAUUUGCAAGCAGUCACUGGAUCAAGUGAAGUCAGAUAUUUGCACUGACAAAUAUAAUAUUGAGCCAGUAAAGUUAAUGCAUUUUUUGAAAACAGUAUAUUACACAACCAAAAAUGGAGAUCAAGUGUAUUUUGAUGUCAAUGGUGAUCCAUUGCCAAUAUAUGAAAUAGUUAACUGGCAAAUUAAUCAAAAAGGCCAAGCAGAAAUUGUAACAGUUGGAUACUAUGAUGCUUCUGCACCCAAUGGGAACAUUUUUAAAAUGACUAACACAAGUAUAAUUUGGGCAAAUGGUCAAGCCACGGUCCCCCAAUCAGUCUGCAGUGACCAAUGUUUAAAGGGGACGUGGAAAGCGAUCAGAAAAGGGAAACCUGUCUGCUGCUUUGACUGUAUUCCAUGUGCAGAAGGAAGUAUCAGCAAUCAAACAGAUUCCACAGAAUGUACUCAAUGUCCUCUGGAAUACUGGCCGAAUAUGGCAAAAGAUCAAUGCAUUGAGAAGAUUUUUGAAUUCCUCUCCUAUGAAGAUGUACUUGGGAUUAUUUUAGUUCUUUUUUCUUUAAGUGGUGCCAGUAUAACUGUUGCUAUAGCUUUGAUAUUUUUUCAGCACAGAAACACUCCCAUUGUUAAAGCCAAUAACUCGGAAUUAAGUUUUCUUCUUUUGUUGUCAUUAACUCUCUGUUUCCUUUGCUCAAUUACAUUCAUUGGCAAGCCGUCCAACUGGUCCUGCAUGCUGCGCCAUACAGCCUUUGGGAUUACGUUUGUCUUGUGCCUGUCAUGUGUCUUAGGAAAAACUAUAGUAGUGUUAAUGGCAUUUAGAGCCACAGUCCCUGGCACUAAUGUUAUGAAAUGCUUUGGCCCCUUCCAGCAGAGAAUGAGUGUGUUUGCAUGCACAUUUCUGCAGGUCUUGAUCUGCAUUGGUUGGCUGACAGUUUCAUCACCAUACCCAGAUAGAAACAUGGAAUAUUCUAAAGAUAAAAUCAUUUUGGAAUGUAAUGUUGGAUCUUCAGUUGCAUUUUACGUUGUCUUAGGUUACAUUGGCAUUCUUUCAACGUUUUGCUUUAUUCUAGCUUUUUUAGCUCGUAAGUUACCAGAUAACUUCAAUGAAGCUAAGUUUAUCACUUUCAGCAUGCUGAUAUUCUGUGCCGUCUGGAUCACAUUUAUUCCAGCUUACAUUAGUUCACCUGGAAAGUACACAGUUGCUGUGGAAAUCUUUGCCAUUUUGGCCUCUAGCUUUGGUUUACUGUUUUGCAUUUUUGCACCUAAAUGUUACAUUGUUUUGCUGAAGCCUGAGAAAAAUACAAAGAAAUUCAUGAUGGCAAAAAUGCCCCAAAAAUCACUUUAA